GUGAAGACUUCAGUGAAAACCCCUCAGACCAAAGCCAACCCUUCUGCCACCAGAGUGGCUUCAGCCAAAGCGGCAGCACCAGCUCCUGGAAAGGGGGUCCUUGCUGUCGCUCAAGCCAAAGUGGGGUCCCCAGCCAAGGUAACCCCAGCAGCGAGAGCCCCCCAGAGCAGCGCCGUCUCUGGGAGCGGCCAGGUGUCCGUGCCGGCUGUGGGGAAAGCAGCGGCUGCAGCAGCCCAGGCCCAGCCGCGGCCUGUCGGGGGCUCACAGGAGGACUCGGAGAGCAGUGAGGAGGAGUCGGACAGUGAGGGAGAGGCACCUCCUCAGGCGAAGCCCUCAGGAAAGACCCCCCAGGUCAAAACUGCCUCAGCCCCCACCAAGGCGUCCCCCAAGAAAGGGGCUGCCCCGGUACCCCCUGGGAAGGCAGGACCCCCAGUCGCCCAGGCCAGGAGGCAGGAGGAGGACUCGGAGAGCAGCAGCGAGGAGGAGUCGGACAGUGACGGGGACGCGCCAGCAGCUGCACCUCCAGCCCAGAAGGAGGGUAGCUCCAAAACUGCCACAAGCAAGACCCUGGCUCCAGCAUCCCUGGAGAAGAAAGCAGAGGAGUCCUCAACCAGCAGUGAUGAGGACCUGCCGUCGAACCAGGUGAUUAAAACCCCUCUGAUUUUUGUCGACCCUAAUCGUAGUCCAGCUAGCCCAGCUGCUACCCCCACCCAAGCGCAGGCUACAGGCACCCCAAGGAAGGCUCAGGCCUUGGAGAGCACAGCCAGGAGCUCCUCUGAGAGCGAGGACGAGGACGUGAUCCCCGCUACACAGUGCCCAACUCCUGCCACUAGGACCAGCGUGGUGACUGUGCCCACAGCACCUCCAAAGGCGGCCCUCAGAGCCAGUGUGGUGGGGGCUCCCAGCAGUGAGGACACAAGUCAGGGGUCUGAAGGCAAGAAGCAGGAGGCCUCAGCCACUCAGGUGACCAAGAGGAACCUCCCGCUGACGCAGGCUGCCCUGAAGGUUCUUGCCCAGAAAGCCAGUGAGGCCCAGCCUCCUGCUGCCAAGACCCCGUCUUCAAGUGGGACUGACAGUGCUGUGGGAACACUCUCCACGGCGAGUCCCCAGAGCACCCCUACCCAGGUCAGAAUGGCCAACAGGCUCAGAAAGCCUGAGGUUCCUGCAGCUCAGCGGGCCACAGCUACUCCCUCGGGGCACCCCACAUCCAAGGCCCCUGCAACCUCAGAUGACAGCAACAGCGGCUCUUCGGGAAGCGAGGACGAAGCCAAGGGGUCCCAGGCGGCCCCGUCAGCCCACAGGCCAGGCUCAGCCCCUUCCAGGAGGGAGACCUUGGUGGAAGAGACCACAACAGAGUCCAGUGACGACGAGGUGGUGGCACCUUCCCAGUCUCUCCUCUCAGGUUUUGUGACUCCUGGGCUGACUCCAGCUGGUUCCAAGACUUCAAAGGCCACUCCCAAACCAGACACCAGCCCCUCUGUUUCCUCUACUCCGGCCACCAGAGAUGCCCCAGAAGGCAGUCAGGAAGUGGAGCCCCAGCAAGCAGCAGGCACCAUGUCCCCUAAAACAGGCAGAAAAGAGGCUGGUGCCACACCUCAGAAGCCCGGGAAGGGGCCUGGGAGUACCCCGGCCUCCAUGCUGGCGCUGCAGAGCAACAUCACCCAGCGCCUCCUGAGCGAGCCCUGGCCCCUGAGCGAGGCGCAGGUGCAGGCCUCGGUGGCAAAAGUGCUCACAGAGCUGCUGGAGCAGGAGAGGAAGAAGGCCGUGGAGACCGCCAAGGAAGGCAACCGGAAGGGCCGCCUGGGCCAUAAGCGGAAGCUGUCCGAAGACCAGACAGCCCCCAAGGCCCCCAAGAGCAAGAAAAAGAAGCAGCUGGCAGCUGCAGAUGGUGGGGAGCAUGUGGUCUCCUCAGAAAAGGCCCCCAGGACUGUCAAAGGGAAAUCCAAGAAGGACAGAGCAAGUGGUGACGUCAAGGAGAAGAAGGAGAAGGAGUCUCCCGGCUCUCAGGGGGCCAAGGAGAAGCCAGUAGGGGAGCUGGGGACUCCGAAGGGUGACGGGGGAGACCACGGCAACCUUAAGAUCAAGAAAGAGAAGAAGAAAUCUGACAAGAAAAAAAAAGACAAGGAAAAAAAGGAAAAGAAGAAGAAAACAAAAAAGGCCUCAACCAAAGACCCUGGCUCACCAUCACAGAAGAAAAAGAAGAGAAAGAAGAAGACGGCAGAGCAGACUGUCUGAGGGACGCCGGGUGGCAGAAGAUGAUGGCCAGCUGCGAUGUCCAUGCCGGCCAAACCAGCGAGCCCUGAAGAGAGGCUGGUCUGAGGAGGAAGAAGCCUGCCUGGCUCCAUGACGUCUGCUCACUGAAUUCUCUCCAACGCAGGAUGCCUCGGACGGAUGGACAUGUACAGUAUAUAUAUAUUUUUUUAAGUGACCUGCCCCUCCCUUCUCAGCUCCAACAUGCCUAGAGGCCUCAAGACGUUCUGCCUCUGCUCUGUAGACCCAGUGAGGCUCAGUCUGUGGCUCCUUCGGGCCCUGGUCUCUGACUGAUGCUGAGGCUUUGUCCUCCUUUUGUCAGUUUUUCCCUGUUUUGUUUGUAUGGGUUUUUUUUUUUGUAAGAACUCAGAAAAUAAAAGACUUGAAGGAAA